AUGGGAUUGAAGAAAUUUUUCAAGAUUAAGCCUCCAGAGGAAGCGACACCUGAACAGAACAAGGAUACUUUAAUGGAAUUAGGUAUUAGUGUCAAAAAUCCUAACAAGAAAAGAAAAGACAAAUUUGCCGCUUACGGCAAAUUCGCGAAUGAUAAAGCUGAAGAUAAGGUAUAUGCACCACCAGGUUAUGAGCAAUAUGCUAGGCCACAGGAUGAACUUGAGGACUUGAAUUCUUCUCCCUUAGAUGCCAAUGCUAACGAAGCAACUGCUGGUCCUACCAAAGGGUCAAGUGGCAUGCAAAAUGGGAGAAAUGGCGCAGAAUCAAAUUCUGUGCAAGAUCCUUACGCUAUCGAAAAUGAUGAUUACCGAUAUGAUGACGAUCCUUAUGCAAAAUUUCAAGCCAAUAGAAGUAAUGGAGGAAGUAGCGCCAAUGCUUCGGCAUAUAGUGAUUUCGGAGGAGGAGGGUAUAAUGGCACAUCUUUGAAUUCAUAUAAUAACGGUGGCUCGUAUAGCAACCAAAGCAGCUCAAAAAGCUGGAUGAAUGCGAAUAGCAGUAAUAGUCUAAAUCAAUCAAGCAGCACUUUAAACGCAAGGUCUUCGAAGCAAUUAAGGCAACCUCCAGUUCCAACUUCAAGCGAUAGCCCAUUGGUCGACCAAAAGAGUCCCUCAUCAAAUCCAAUACAAGAAAAGAGAAAUCCUUACGCUAAUAUGAAUAGUUACGGCAGUGCGUAUGAUUCUAAUACUAAUAAACCUGGCAGUAUUCGACACGGAAGCUCUAAGAAUGCAAACCCGUACGCUUCUAUGACGAACGACUCGUAUAGUAAUGGAAAUGUAAAUAGGUCCGCAAAUCCAUAUUCAAGUAGAAGUGUGCGUCAGCCGCAAUAUCAACAGGCACCAAUAACCUAUACGCCGUCCUUUAUUGCUUCUAAUGAAGCAGCACCCAAUAGUGAAGUUGAUUUAAAUGAAGAGCCCAGAGCGGGUGAAUUUGAUUUUGAAGAGGUCUAUGCCGACAAGUCUGCGGAAAAUAGAGCGGCAUUAGAUGAACCUGAUUUAAAUGCAGUAGUAACGAAUGACGAUUCUAUAGACUUGAACGCGUCCGAAGUUGAUCACCAUUCAAGACAGCAGCAGCAGCAACAGUGGUUCAUGGAUGAGCAGCAGCAACAACAGCAAGACUUUAACGCAACCAAUGACCAGUAUGCAGACCAAAGAGGCUAUAAAACGUUCGAAGAAAUACAAAAAGAGGAGGAGGCUCGGCAGCAGCAGGAAGAAGAUGAAGCCGUGGAUGAAAUUAAGCAGGAGAUCAAAUUUACGAAACAGAGCUCCGUAGCUUCUACUAGAAAUACACUGAAAAUGGCUCAAGAUGCUGAAAGAGCAGGUAUGAACACAUUGGGUAUGCUAGGUCAUCAAAGCGAACAGUUGAAUAACGUAGAAGGUAAUUUAGACUUAAUGAAAGUGCAAAAUAAAGUUGCAGACGAAAAAGUUGCGGAAUUGAAGAAGUUGAAUCGUAGUAUAUUGGCUGUUCAUGUCUCUAAUCCAUUUAAUUCCAAGAGAAGGAGAAGGGAGAGAGAAGAGCAACUGAAGAAUAGGAAAAUCGAAGAAAAAUUAAUGAGAGAACAGACAAAUCAACAGCUGUCCCAGUCUACUCAAAGAAUAGAAGGCGCUAUGAACGCAAACAAUAACAUAAGUGAGGUGCGUGAAAGAUAUCAGAGGCAGAAUGUUUUAGAAAAGGCAAAGAGGUAUCAGUUUGAGAAUGAUGAAGAAGAUGACGAGAUGGAAUUGGAAAUUGAUAGGAAUUUGGACCAGAUCCAGCAAGUUAGUAACCGAUUGAAGAAAAUGGCCUUGACCACUGGUAAAGAACUAGACUCUCAGCAAAAACGUCUUAACAACAUUGAAGAAAGCACUGAUGAUCUGGAUAUCAAUCUUCAUAUGAAUACCAACAGGUUGGCUGGUAUCAGAUAG